AUGUUAGCGUUUUGUAACGAAGAUGGCAUAAUUAAUCAGAAAACAGCACUUGUUGCGAUUGGAGGCAGAUUUCGAGUAGCACUGGAAGAUCGUGUUGGGGAAUGGGAAACUUCUGAGGACGUGGGUCGUUUUCUACUCCGUAAUUGUGUGGCAAUUCAUCUGGAUAAAAAUGAGGACAAAUUUUUCUUGUUGGCUUAUAUGGCGCAGAAAUUACUGGCUCUAGUGAAGGGGGAAUGCGCCAGCGAAUCACCAGACAAUCCACACCACGAGCUCAUCCGCGCAAUUGGCACUCAUCGCUCGGGUGAAAUCACUCGAGGUCUCGAAUUCUUCCUUGCCACAGGAAAUCUCAUUACAAGGAACGGUUUGACUCUCCAGCAGAACAAUGGAUUUUCGGUUAUUGCAGAAAGAAUCAACCAACUUCGAUUCGUUUCCCAUUUCAGAGCAAUACAUCGAGGAGCGUUUUUCAUGGAGAUGCGCACCACAGAUGUGCGUAAAUUGCGCCCGGAAGCUUGGGGCUUUAUAUGCCCAGUGCAUACGCCGGAUGGUGCUCCGUGCGGUCUCUUGAAUCACGUCACAGCUAGUACACGCAUUGUUGCGCAUUAUUCAGACACAACUGAACUGGUAAAAUUGAUUGGGGAGCUGGGAAUGGUCGGUCAUUCCGCGAUUGCUCUAUUACCAACAGAACCGGUAAAUAUUGCCUUUUUAGCUUUUUUAUGA